CAGUGGCUCCUCCAGUCCUGCAGGGGUCGCUGUGUGGCGCCCGCUAUGAUCGCGCUCAGACCGGCGAGAGUGUGUUAGCGCUAGCGCCGCUAACGUGACAGAGGAAGAUUCAACAGGCUGUCGCUCGUCUCUCAGCUAUUAAACUCAUAACCCCGCCGGCAGAGUUCGCUGCAGGAUGUUUAACCCUCACCAGCAGCAGCAGCAGCAGCAGCAUCAGUUUCAUCAGCAUCUGCGGCAGCUUCAGCAUCUGUUUCAGCAGCAGCAGACGCCUCCACCUCCUCCUCCUCCACCACAGCCUCCGCCCGCUCAUCACAUCACACACACACGGCCCAUGGCGGUUCCCACUCCUGCUUCUGCUUCUGCCCGCAUGGUCAACCUGUGCUCAGCCCCGCAGACCAUCCUCGCUCCCAACCCCAUGCUGCAGGGGGCGCUGCUCAUGCAGCAGAUGCAGGGUGGCAUGCGUGGCUUUGCGAUGGGGGGCCAGCAGUUUCCUCAGUUCUUCACUGCGGGCUCAAGAGACGUCUCCUUACUGGGCCCCAGUUCCGAUGGGAGACGCCAUCACAAAACCGCCACACAUGGGAUUUACCAGCGGCACUUCACGACCGCACAACGCGCUACUUCACCCAAUGAGUUUCAGGGUCGUCAGCCGGACAGAAAGAGGGACAACGAGCAGAAAUCUGCGGGCAGCCAAUCAGAAGCCAGCAGCAGCAGAGGUCAGAGGAGCCUGUGGAGACAGAAUCAGCUCAAAGCGUGGAGUAUAUUAGGAGCCUUUUGCAUCUGCAGAACCACACGAACAGCACAUAACUUGGGAUCCUGUGUUUUGAAACCGAAUAACCAAGUCAAACAAACGAGGUUUGAAUGUGUUUCAGAGCUCACGCUGCAGGAGGGAGGCGGCGUGGACGCUGAAGCGGAUGAACCGAGUCAAGCGGCCGAGCGGGUUGAAAGCACAGAAGCUCCGGAUAAAGACGUUGAGCAGCAGAUCAGCGAUGGUCCAGACGACGCCACGCGCUCCGAUUCAGUGCCUGAAAUCAAGGAGACCACAGACGCUCCUGAGGAGGUCAACGACGGAGCCACAGAGACCUCCAAUAAGUUCUUCUGCUAUAUUUGCAACAUCACUUGCCAUAACCAGCAAAAUUUCCAGAGCCAUAUGAACGGACUGACGCACCAGCAGAAGAUGAUGGAGAUCCAGCACAUGAGCAACGCGUGUCUCGUCACGCUGCUGCCGCGAGUCCAGGAGUCCCUGCAAGGAGCUCGCAGAGACGGUGAGAAGAGAGCGGGUCUGCAGAGAUGGUGCUCCACCUGCCAGACGCACUUCACCACCAACGUCACGGAGCACCGCAGGACCAAGGAGCACAAGCGCUGUAUCCACUCGUCCAGCUCCAGAUGCACCGUCUGUAAGCUGCGCUUCAGGACACACAGAGAGUUUGUGGAGCACAUGCAGUCGCCGGAGCACCAGCAGCGAGUCCAGCAGCUGUGGAAGGAGCCGGAUCAGAUGAACACUGACAUGUUUCUGUGUGAAGAGGACGGAGAGUGCAGCGACGACGAGAGAGAGGAAGAGGAGAACGGGAAGGAGGGUGUGUCUGCGCAGAUGGAGGUCACACUCGAGGAUCUGACUGAAGACGAGGAGUUCGACUCGGACACAGUGUACGGCUCCAGUUUCGUGGUGCCCGUGGCUGGUUUUCUCUGUCGUCUCUGUGGUCAGUUCUAUCACUUCGAGUCUUCGGCUCGACACACACACUGCAAGACGCUCACACACUUCCAGAACCUGAAGCGUUACAAAGCUUUAACGAAGCACGAAGAGUCCGGCUCCAGCUCAGCAGACCACAUCAGUCCAGAUCAGACCUCUCUCCUCACAGAACCAGCCCCGCAGACUCUAGAGUCCUGCAGCAGUGCCUCACAUCCUGCACAGGAAGUCCAGGCGCUGGCACAGGAAGAAGCCGUCGCCGUGGAGCCGGAGCCCGAGGGGAAGAGCGUCCGGGGCCGGGGCCGGACUCCUGCUAAGAGACGAGGACGAGGAGCGAGACGACGCUGAGACACAGAACUGUAUCCGCCUCAGAGGACCCUAGUGAAAGCACCCGUCCUGUUUGUACAGUAGCUGUGUUUGUCAGGAGCACACGGCCCUCAGGUGAAGGGAAUGAUGGGAUACGCCGCUGAAGGGUUCACUUCCAGCCCAAAACCAACAAGAUCUACAUCCAUAUUUAUCAUCAAAAUCAAAUGAUAAUUCAAUCUUAGACCUA